UUUGUUUGCACCUCCAUUAGCUGUUACCGCCUACUGCCCGUAUGCAUUUUACAGCUACAAACAAUUGGCCUUAUUACAUAAUUUCAGCAGCUGGUCUCUCGAGGUAAGGCUGGAAAGCGUUGCCUAUUAAAUAAUAAAGCAUGUAGGCUUUAUAAAAAAUGAUUUUAUGACAGGCCCACUCCCUCUUCCCCGCUUCAAGACACUUUCACUUUCGGUUCAAACUCUGCAAGAACUGCGUUUGAUAACGACGACGUUACCGCCAGCGGAUCGCAUUUACUUUUAAACAGGAUGAAGAAGCCGGUAAGAAUAUUUGUGACCCAAAGUGGAAAUACUCUGAAUUCUCAUCUGGACUUUCUGAAACGCCUACGUAACCAUCGCAAAUUCAAAGAAAAAGUAGUUGAUGAAUGCGAUGUUAUACUGGCAUUCUGUCCGAUUGUUUCUCGAGUGGGCACUGAUAUUGAAGCCGCACUGAAGAUCUUUAAAGGUCUCUCUACAGCUCCGAAGCCCAUCAUUGUAGUGGUGCUUCACCAUACAUAUGAGAAAGAUGAAGUUGUACCAGACAGUAACAAAUAUGCAAGUGAAAAAAUAUGUAUAGUAAACUGUCUGUUUCAUGAAACCGAAGGACUUCUAAAGUGCAAACGGAAUUCUGACUCAAUCAUCCUUACAUCAAAGAAGUUAAAAGAAUUUAAGAAGAAAACAAGCAGAAACCGUGUAGACGUAAAACCACAGGAGGAGAACAUGGAUGGAAAUCAUGAAAAAAAGAAAGGAAAUAAGAAGAAAACAAGCAAAAACCGUGUAGACGUAAAACCACAGGAGGAGAACAUGGAUGGAAAUCAUGAAAAAAAGAAAGGAAAGAAGAAAACAAGCAAAAAACGUGUAGACGUAAAACCACAGGAGGAGAACAUGGAUGGAAAUCAUGGAAAAAAGAAAGGAAAGAAGGAGGAGAACAUGGAUGGAAAUCAUGGAAAAAAGAAGACGAAAAAAAGUGGAGAGAGUGAAAAGCCAAAGACUGGGCACCAAGAGGUUGGGAGCAAUUCCCAUCAGAACACCAAAGAUUCGUCUCAAAGGUCAUGUUUAAUCUUGUAAUGUUUAGUUGUAGCUUAGGCUAAGAAUAUCCACUGUAAAUACAAAGAGUAUCAGAAGUGUGCAGUUACAGAAUGACUAGUUGUUGAUUUGUUGUUGCUUAACCUGUUGCUUACUUUUACUUCAUGUCAGACUUUUUCACCUACAAACAGUACACAUGCACUCAACUGCAAGCAAUCUGCAUGCUUCUCUAGGCCACAGACAGACAUUUACAAUACAAGUGUGGUCAUCAAUAGGAGAGGUGCAAGAAAAUACACACACGGUGGUAUACUCACUGCUGAAGCAGAGGCCCCUGUCUCUGAAUGUGGUAUAAUGAUGAAUGCUCGUUUUGAAGUUUCAUUUUAAACUAUCAUUAUAAUCAAAUGUUUACAAUUGUCACAAAUGGUUGUGUGAAACUGAUGGUAGGCUAACAGUGGUAGUUUAACAUGGUAUGGAGGUAACCCUGGAUAGCCUAUUUGUACAAAAACGAAACUUUGUUUGUGGAUCUGAUUCUAAUAAGGAACCAAGCUGACAUCAUUAUAUUGACUGAACACCAAAGUGAUUAUUAAAAAUGAAUA